CGAAAGUAGAAAAGACAGCUUACACUGAUCCAAUUUUUUUCUCCCCAGUUACCUGAUACAAUAAUCUUGUCUCACAGUCGCCAUCCAGAGUGGAAGAAAGUAAAGCAAUUGAAACUUGUUUCAAGGAGUGGAGGAAGCAUGCAGGGUCAUGAAACUAAGAUGGCAAGAAUGGAGGAUAUCCUUAACCUGCUGGUGCAAGAUCCUCCUUGCACAGAGUUCUCUGCUGCUCACCUAACAUGGGUAAAAGUAGAAGGUGGUCGCCAAGGCGGUGAUGACAUUGCUCUAAUCCCUUUUUCUAGAGUUGAUGAUUUUGUAAAAGGAGAGUCGUCUAAUGAAGAAUGUCCUGCUAACUUCCGCAUUGAGUCAAGGAGAAAGAGAUCUGAAGGAAGCAUUACCAAACCAAGGGUUGAUGGAUAUCUUGAGUAUACGCUAUACUGGUGUUCUUAUGGUCCUGAAGAUUACCGUGAUUGUGAAUCUGGUCUUGGAGAUGGCUCAAACUUCAAACCCGCGACGGGAAAGGGAAGCAGGCCAGGGAGACGCCACAUGAUGCGAGGUUGCCUUUGCCACUUCACUGUAAAACGCUUGUACACACGCCCUCUCCUUGCCCUUAUAAUUUACAAUCAAAGAAAGCAUGUAGAUAAAACAGGGGCCCCUUGUCAUGGGAUACUUGAUCAGGAUGCUGUGGGGACGAGAGCUAUGUAUGCUCCACGAAUCUCAGAGGAAUUGCGCCAGAAAGUGAUGUCCAUGCUUUAUGUUGGAAUAUCUUUGGACAACAUAAUUCAGCAUCAUGCGGAGGUGGUCCAAGGGCAUGGAGGCCCACACAACCGAGAUGAUUUUCUCACACGAAAUGAUGUUCGUAACAUGGAGAGAGUUAUUCGUAAUACAUCACAUGAACUUCACAUUGAUGAUGCAUGCAGUGUAAAGAUAUGGGUACAAAGGCAUCAAAAGCACGUUUUCUACUUCCAAGAUGCUUCUGCUUCAGAACCCUUUAUUUUGGGGAUACAGACAGAUUGGCAGCUGCAGCAGAUGCUUUGCCAUGGACAUAAUGGUUCUAUCGCUUCUCAUUCUACCUUUGGCUCAAAGAAACUUAAGUAUCCUCUAUGCACUUUACUUGUGUUUGACUCAUCCCGAAAUGCAAUACCUGUUGCUUGGGUGAUUACCUCCUCUUUGGCUGGUCAAGAUAUUCAUAAAUGGGUGGGCUCCCUUGCUGAGAGAAUAAGGGCGAAGGACUCUAGAUGGAGACUCAAUGUCUUUUUAUUAGAUGAUCCUUCUUUUGGGUUUUCAGUCGUAAGAGAUGCUUUCCAGUGUCGGGUCCUAUUGUGUGCCUGGCAUGUUCGCCGUGCUUGGAUAAGGAAUCUUUUAAAGAAGUGCUACGACACUGACGUUCAACAAGAGAUCUUUAAGCGUUUGGGCUGGAUAUUGCAUUCCUCAAGAAGUGUACCUAAUGCAAUUGAUGCAGUUGAAGAAUUCAUGGAAGUAUUUGUUGAUCAAUCUGCUUUUCUGGAUUAUUUCAAGUGCCGUUGGUCACCAUACAUAAAGUCAUGGGUUAGUUGCAUAAGGUCACUUCCCGUUGCCGGUCCAGAGCCCCAUGCUGCCAUUGAAUCUUAUCACAGAAGACUGAAGCACAAGCUUUUUAAUGAUCAACAUGCCAAUUUCUGGUCUAGAACCGACUGGUUAAUCCAUACUUUGACUACUGAAUUUCACUCCUUAUAUUGGUUAGAUCAAUACACCGCAGAAACCGGAUAUCUUUCCAAUGUCAGAGAUGAAUCUUUCUCGAGCAAUGCUUGGUAUCACGCCUUACACAUACCAGACAUCGAUGUGAUAUUGGAUGAGCAGAAUCUCCAGCUUGCAAAGGUCAUCUCCCAAACAGACCGAAACCUGGCGUAUACAAUUUGGAAUCCUGGUUCAGAAUUUUCUCUGUGUGAUUGCCGCUGGUCAUGCCUGGGAAAUCUCUGUAAGCAUGUCAUCAAAGUGGCAAUGAUAUACAAAAAUAGGCAGGUUGCAAGGCCGCUAUUAGCAGCUCAAGUUUAUAGACAAACCUUGAUUAGUCUUCUGCAUAAUCCUCCAGAUGAUCCGGUAGUACUCGACCAUGCGAUCCUGUGUGCAACUCGGUUGCAACAGGAUAUCAAAGGCUGGGAAGACUUGUCUAACAGUGGGCUACUUCAGCAAUUUCCUCCUGAAGUUCUCUCAAAUGGCGGAUAAUAGUACCCUUUUGGCACGUCCUUAUUGAUUACAGCAAAUGAAAAUCAAUUUAUUGAAACCAACACUUUCAAUGAGGUUGUAAAAUCAUAUGUUGUCUUCUGACAAUCUAGCUUCUGAUUCAGCUAAAAUUUAUAUAACCAUGCUUUGAAAAGCAAAUAUAAAAUUUUAAAUCCAUGACA